AAGUACAAAGGAGAUGUGGAGCGUAUGUUGGAUACAUUGUGUACCAGUCGUUUGAGCGAUCCAAACAAGUUUGUCAAAGCUCGAGCAGCGUGGUGCUUCAGGCAAUACAGCGAUGCACAAUUUCGUACAACAAGUAUUCUAUCGAAGGUAUUUCAGAAGCAUCCAUCGUGUUUGUUCAAUUAUUCGGCUGUUGAUGCACUCGUUCGUUGCCUUUGUGAUCCAAAUGAGGAACUUCCCGUAAGAGUCGAAGCAGCCAUGGCAAUCCAGGGCAUCCUCAAAGAUCAAGAAAAAGCUCACGCUCUCUUGGAACCAUCUGUGAGAGUUAUCAUAGUACAAGUACUGGAGCUAGUUGCGAAGACUCAAGUUGAAGAUAUAGUCCGAGUUGUAGACGAGAUUUUUGAGCAUUUCAUGGACACCGUGAUACCGAUCGCAGCCGAAAUAGCCUCAAGCUUGGUAAUUGAAUAG